UGCUCUGCCCCGCCCACACCGUGGCCGCGCCCCCCACCACCACUCCCGACCUCGGCGUGCUGCCCAUAGACGAGGUGACGAUGCCAGAGGAGGACGUGAGCGACCUCAGAGACGUCGUGGACGCGAUAAAUAGACUGUGCGAGACUAUGAAGACGUCGGGCUACGAGGAGACCGAGUACGAGGACUGCACGGACGUGACGUGGACCGAGGAGGCGACAGCAGCGGAGUGCGGCGAGACGCUGGUCAGCCCCGAGGAGGUGUCGGUGCGCGAGAUGGAGGUGCGCGAGGUGGAGGUGCACGAGGUGGAGGUGCGCGAGGUGGAGGUGCACGUGGCGGAGCGCUGGCCCGAGCCGGGCGGCUGCGAGCUCAGCGAGCUGUACUACUCCGCCUCGUCCGAGGUGUCGCUGGUGUCGGCUGCGGAGGGCGAGGUGGCGGAGGAGCGGCGCGGUGUGGGGGGUGUGGGAGGCGUGGCGGCGGGUCACGUGGCCGCCAUGCGCGAGCGCUUCGAGAGCAUGACGCGCGCCAACACGCCCUGUCCCUGCCCCGACAUGGCGCGUCCCCUCUCCCCCGCACCCCCACCUUCGCUCUCGCCCUCGCCCGCAGACUGACUCUGAGUAUGAACAUGAUCUGCGAUAUGACGUGUGACUGAGGGACGCUAAGCUGUAUAAGGUAUUGAGGAAAGCUUAUAAGAGUCACAGCUUUGAAUUUUGAAGUGUUUAGAGGAAUUUUAUAUCGAGCACAUUAUAUACUAAUUACUUGAAGAAGCAUUAAAAGUAUUAAAACAUGUAUAACAAAUUAGUGCCUAAAUAUUAAGAUUAUUGUAUGUAGCGGUGCCAUUCUUCCAUAAUUAUUUGUUAAUUACUUGAAGGUAGGUCGUAGGUUAGUUUUUGUAACGUUGCUAUAAAUUGUAUUUUACUUUAAGUCGUAUAUUAAAAAAAACGUACAAAUUAUACUGGAAAUAAGUAGACGAAGUGCGAAAGGGUUGUGAUUGGUUUUAUGUCCUUUUGCAAUAAAACGAACAGUUACAUAUCUCUAAGUGUGAAGUAAGAUUUGAUAAAGUUUAAACAUGUAGUUGAUUUGUAUUGGAAUAUUUAACAAAAGUAAUACACAUUCAUAAUUAACUGUUGUAUUGUGAUCUUUGAAAAGCUCAAAUUUUGUAGUUUUUACAUAAUUACAUUUAGAAGUAUAACCAAUUUAAUAACUACCUUACAUUUU